AUGGCUGCACUUCGGAGGGUGAUUGCUCCCACGGCUGCCGCCGCCUUGCGGCUGCACUCACAGACCUUUUUCGCCCGCUCUCGAAUCCUCUCGACGUCUGCGGCGCAGCUGCGUGCCUACACAUCGACCAGUCGCCGACGACAGCUGUCGGCCUUCCAGUCACAGCUCGUGAGCACGCCCGAUGCCGCCGCCCUCCUCCACGCCUCCCAGAAGACGGCCGCGGCCGCACAUCCCCAGACUCUCACAGAAAAGAUCGUCCAGCGCUACUCCAUCGGCCUGCCAGCCGGGAAGAAGGUCAGGUCCGGCGACUAUGUCACGCUGGCCCCGCACCACUGCAUGACGCAUGACAACAGCUGGCCUGUGGCCGUCAAGUUCAUGGGCAUCGGUGCCACCAAGAUCCACGACAACCGGCAGGUGGUCAUGACGCUCGACCACGACGUGCAGAACAAGACGGAAGCCAACCUGAAGAAAUACCGCCAGAUCGAGGAGUUUGCCGGCAAGCACGGCGUGCGGUUCUACCCUGCAGGCCGGGGCAUUGGCCACCAGAUCAUGGUCGAAGAAGGAUACGCCUGGCCGUCCACGGUUACCGUCGCGAGUGACAGCCACUCAAACAUGUACGGAGCUGUGUCUAGUCUCGGCACCGCUGUUGUCCGGACCGACGCCGCCAGCAUCUGGGCCACUGGCCGGACCUGGUGGCAGAUCCCGCCCAUCGCCAAGAUCACCUUUACCGGCAUUCUGCCGACCGGCGUCACUGGUAAAGACGUGAUCGUCGCUCUUUGCGGCCUCUUCAACCAGGACGAGGUUCUCAACCACGCCAUUGAGUUCACCGGCUCCGAGCUCAGCAUGGGCAGCAUCCCGGUCGAUGAUCGCCUGACCAUUGCCAACAUGACGACCGAAUGGGGUGCCUUGACUGGACUGUUCCCCGUUGACGACGUGCUUAUCGACUGGUACCAUACCAAGGCCACAGCGGCGGCCAUUCUCAAGAGCCCUUUCCAGGAGCGCAUCAACCACGAGCGCAUUGAUGAAAUGGCCGCAAACCGUCUCGUUGCUGACCCAGGAGCGACGUAUGCCAAGGAGUUCUACCUCAACCUGUCGACCCUCUCGCCCUUUGUUGCCGGCCCCAACUCGGUCAAGAUCGCCACGCCGCUCAAGACGCUCGAGGCCGAGGCUAUCCGCCUAGACAAGGCCUACCUCGUCUCCUGCACCAACUCGCGCGCUUCCGACAUCGCUGCCGCCGCCCGCGUCUUCCGUGAUGCUGCCAAGGACGGCAAGCCGGACAAGGUCGCUCCCGGUGUCCGCUUCUACAUUGCCGCGGCCUCCAUCCUCGAGCAACAGAUUGCUGAGGAGGCUGGUGACUGGCAGGUGCUUGUGGAGGCCGGCGCCCUAACGCUGCCGUCGGGAUGCGGCCCGUGUAUUGGUCUUGGAACCGGCCUGCUCGAAGCCGGCGAGGUCGGUAUCAGCGCCAGCAAUCGCAACUUCAAGGGACGCAUGGGCUCCACGUCCUCCAAGGCGUACCUCGCCAGCCCCGAGGUGGUGGCGGCCAGCGCUCUCCAGGGCACGAUUGCCGGCCCAGGAUGGUACCAGAAGCCCGAGGGCGUGGAAAAGGUGAUUAUCGGCGAGGGCAGCGGUGAUCACGUGGUAGACCAGACGCGGUCCGUCGAGGAUGCGCUGGACCGGCUGAUUGACGAGGCCGAGAGCCUAAUUGCGGCGGCCGAGGGCUCUGUCGCGGAUGAGACGAGCAGCUCAUCCUCUCCUGCCGCCGCUGCCGAGGACGAGACCCUGACAGACAUUCUGCCCGGCUUCCCCGAGAAGAUCGAGGGCGAGAUCGUGUUCUGCGACGCCGACAACAUCAACACGGACGGCAUCUACCCAGGCAAGUACACGUACCAGGACGGCGUGUCCAAGGAGACUAUGGCCGAGGUGUGCAUGGAGAACUACGACACAGCCUUCCGGACGACGGCGCGGGCGGGCGACAUUCUCGUCAGCGGCUUCAAUUUUGGCUGCGGCUCCUCGCGCGAACAGGCGGCCACGGCUAUCCUGGCGAAGCAAAUUCCACUCGUCGUCGCCGGCAGCUUCGGCAACAUCUUCAGCCGCAACAGCAUCAACAACGCACUCAUGGGCGUCGAAGUGCCGCGCCUGGUCCAGCGGCUGCGCGAGACAUACAAGGACGCGGCCGAGAAGCCGCUCACCCGCCGCACCGGCUGGACCAUCUGCUGGGACGUCCGCCGCUCCAAGGUCGUCGUUACCGAGAAGGACGGCGCCAAGUGGGAGCAAAAGGUCGGCGAGCUGCCGCCCAACGUGCAGGAGAUUAUUGCCUGUGGCGGCCUGGAGAACUGGGUCAAGUCCAAGAUCGAGGCGUGA